AUGAAUUUGCAAACCUUGCUGACUUUCACGACGCUGGGCCUCGCGGCCGCAGAAUCCUCCGUCGUCUCUCUGUUCAUUUUUGAUGCAGACCCUCAGGCGCUGGUCGGCUCGGUCGUGGCAUCGAAAUCCGACACGACGACAUACAGCAUCAACUGCGCCUCUGGCGAGAGCCCCGAAAACUGCGGAUUCGCCGCGGGCUUCAUGUACACCGCGGCCCCGACAACAGUCGAUUGGAUGUUGGCUCCACCAUAUGAUAUCGAUGGCCACGUUGGUUGUUCGAUGGGAGGAACCACGGCGGCCGUGUGCACCCUGACCAUGCCACACCAGGUGAUUGGUAGCUCGCGCACCGAGUUGACUCAAGUCACGACUCUGAGCAAGAAUGAUAUUACCUUCAUGCCUGUCACUAUUACUGCAGGUCCCUUGGCCACCACCACGUCGCAGGCUUCGGGUGCGUCUUCCUCUGCGAGUACCAGCACGGGCGGUCUGCCUCAAAUCACCGCAAAUCCCGGGGCGAUUUUGGGUGGUGCCGCAGCGGCUCUAGUUGCUGCUGUCCUGUAG